AUGGAAAAGCGGACGGAAAAUAGCGACUGGAGAAGGCAGGUGUUGCGGUGGUACCAAUUCUUUCUCAUGUGGAGUACAAUAGAGGCACAAAUUCGCUAUAUCAUUCCAGAAGAACUGAGCAUUGGAUCUGUUGUUGGAAAUACAGCAAAGGACCUGGGUUUGGGAAUUUCGGAGAUUUCUGAGCGCAAGCUGCGGAUCGCCUCCGAGGGUAAGCAGUAUUUCAGUGUGGAUUUGGGAAAGGGAGAGCUGAUCGUGAGCGAGAGAAUCGACAGAGAGACUCUGUGCGGACAAAGCGCGAGCUGUUUGUUACCCCUUGAAGUAGUUAUUGAGAAUCCACUUCAGCUUCACCGUGUUGAGGUUGACAUUCGGGAUAUAAAUGACAACUAUCCACAAUUUCAGUCGAAGGAACGAACGCUGAAAAUCGCCGAAUCAACCGCUCCGGGAAUGCGUUUUCCUUUGGAGAGUGCGCAGGACCCAGAUGUAGGCAACAAUUCUCUACGGUCAUACACAAUCAGCAAGGAUGCAUGUUUCAGUCUGAAGGUUAAGGAUCUCCAGGAUGGGAGAAAGCUCCCCGAACUCGUACUGGAAAAGUCUUUGGACCGCGAAAAACAGGCUGUCCACCAGCUCCUAUUGACUGCGAUAGACGGCGGGAAUCCCGUCAGGUCGGGCACCUCGCAAAUUACCGUUAUUGUCCUUGAUAACAAUGAUAACAACCCUGUAUUUGAAAAGAAUCAGUACAGGGUCACUAUUGAUGAAAACAGCCCUGUGGGGACGCCUGUUAUCAAGCUUGAAGCAAGGGAUUUGGAUGAAGGUGCAAAUGGAGAAAUACUGUAUUCUUUUGGCGACCAUACUGAGGAUUUGGUGUAUUCCUUGUUUGAGAUAGAUUCGAAUACAGGAGAAGUGUUUCUGAAAGGGGAGUUAGAUUUUGAGAAUACUGCUUCUUACACAAUUGCGAUCACCGCCAAAGACAAAGGCACUCCCGAGAUGGAGGGGCACUGUAGCGUACAGAUAGACAUAGCAGACAUGAACGACAACCCUCCCGAAAUCAUCCUCACCUCCCAACCCAGCCCUGUCCGCGAGAAUGCCCCUAGUGGCACUGUCAUAGCUUUAAUACGCGCACGAGACCUUGAUUCCGGCGACAACGGAAGGGUGACGUUACGGGUUCCACCUGAUUCUCCAUUUAUUCUGCAACCUUCAAUUUCCGAUCAUUACGCUUUGGUUACAAAUAGUGUUUUAGACCGGGAGAGUUUCCCAGAGUUUAAUGUAGAAAUCAUAGCAACUGAUUCGGGUUCUCCUUCUCUGUCUACCAAACAAACUAUUCCAGUUACUAUUCUCGAUGUUAACGAUAAUCCGCCGAGAUUCAAACACUCUUCCUAUAAUGUGUAUUUGACUGAGAAUAACUCUCCAGGCACAAUACUGUGUUCCGUGUUCGCCUCUGAUCCAGACCUGGGCGAGAAUGCUAAGAUCUCCUAUUCUAUCUUAGACUCCAAAGUACAAGACCUGUCCGUGUCCUCCUAUGUUUACAUUAACUCGGAUAACGGCAGCAUCUACAGCAUGCACUCAUUUGACUAUGAGAAACUGAAGGUGUUUCAGAUCCAGGUAGAGGCAAAGGACCACGGCUCUCCGUCUCUGAGCAGUAACGCCACUGUUCAUGUUUUUAUCCUGGACCAGAACGACAACGCCCCCGCUGUUAUUUACCCCUCUGCUAUCAUGGGCUCUGUCUCUCAUCAGAAGAUGCCCCGCUCUGCUAAAGCGGGACACCUCGUCACCAAAGUAACGGCAGUGGACGCCGACUCGGGCCACAACGCCUUGAUUUCCUAUAAGGUGGUGGAGGCUACAGACGCGUCUCUGUUGGGUGUGAAUCUUUACACAGGGGAGGUGAGGACUAAGCGCGCUGUUUCAGAGCACGAUGAGUCCUCUCAGAGGCUGCUUAUAGAGAUAAAGGACAAUGGAGAGCCGGUCCAGUCCACUACAGUCACAGUUGGCAUAUUGUUGGAGGACGGGAUCCACGAGCCCAUCUCAGACUUUCGACAGAAAGCGCAGGAGCCCGGAAAGAAAAGCAAUAAGAUCACCUUUUAUUUGAUCAUUUCUCUGGCCUCGGUUUCUGCGGUAUCUUUUGUGACUUUUGUGAUUUUGGCUGUGAAGUGCGUUAGACACAGCCGAAGGGGCCCGUGUUGCUGUAUGAGACGGGCAGACUCUGACGGAUACGAGAAUCCCAACAGAAACCUGCAGAUCCAGCUGAACACGGACGGGCCCAUUAAAUAUGUGGAGGUCCUGGGAGGGGACAUGUCUCAGAGCCAGUCCUUCAGGUCCUGCUUCUCUCCGGUGUCAGAGUUCAGUGAUUUCACCUUCGUUAAGCCCAGCAGCACCACUGACUUUAAGGAAAUGAUUAAUGUCAUCGAUGCUUCUCUACCUGACAGCGCGUGGACGUUCGAGGGCCAGCAGGUGAGGAUUUGGUGA